AUGCUGCUGAAUCCGGUCCGACCGUGCGAGGGCUCCCCAACCUACCAAGAAGAAUAUCGAAAUAGCAGCUACGUACCAACUAUAAUCGAAACAUCGUAUGGCUUCCAGAUCGUCGCACCGGAUACUCCAUAUGUGGCAGCAACCGGGGUGGACAGUUUAUACUUUAUCGACACCCGUCUCGAUCAUGACACCGCUCAGCAUAUCAAGAAUCAGAUUGAGAAAGCGACCAUACCAAUCCCGGACGAGUACACCGCUAUAGAUGAGAUUACGGCCACAGCAGAACGGAAAAAUGGCAAAACCGGCGAAACGACAUUUGUAUUCGACCCGGUCUACGCUAGGGUUAUGUUUGCCAAGGGGAUAAACAAGCGCAACCCAGAACUCAAAUUACCUGAGUAUGAGCCUGCUGGCGAUUGGGUAGUAGCCUAUGAUCUGGAUGAGAUAACAGGCAAGAUGAAUGCCGCUUGA